AUGUCUACUUUAAUGGAAAUGGACAAACAAGAAUUUAAAUUAGAUCCUGAUUGUGAACUGCGAUUUGAAGUUAAGCAUAAAAAAGAAAAAGUAUUACUCAAAUUAAAAAGCGGAUUUGCGGAAAUAUUCGGCACUGAACUGGUUAACAAGGAGGAUCCGUACGAAUUUGGCUACGGAGCACAGAUUGCCGUAUUUACUUACCAUGGAUGCGUGGUUGAACUGACUGGAAAAGCAGUAGGGGUUCAUGUGGCUAACGAGACUCCAAUGCAUGCUUAUUUGAACGCUCAUCUGGCUUUAGAAGCGAUGAGAGACGAAGCUAACAAGAAAUAUCUUGCUGAAAUCAACGGACGUGAAGAAGCCAAGAAGAAGGACGAUGAUGCUAAGAAGAAAGAGGCAACAGAACCCAGCAAUGUACGUGGACCAAUUGUAAUGAUAGUAGGUCCUAAGAAUGUUGGAAAAUCAACUCUCUGUCGCAUUUUAUUAAACUACGCCGUUAGAUCAGGAAGAAGCCCGAUACUUGUUGAUUUAGAUGUUGAUCAAGGCCAAGUCACUAUACCGGGAAAUAUUGGAGCUCUUACAGUUCAGAGAUUUGCUGAUGUGGUCGAAGGAUUCAGCAAAAAGGGCUCAUUAGCUCUACACUUUGGACACAAAACUCCAGAAAGUAAUCCUGCGCUUUACAAUCUUCAAGUUUCUCGUCUAGCUGAUAUUUGUUUUGACCGUAUGAAAGAAAAAAAGAAGGACAAUAUAUCAGGAAUAAUAAUCAAUACAUGUGGGUGGGUACCAGAUGAAGGUCACAAGCUUCUGGUUCACGCUGCAGGUGCCUUUGAAGUCGACGCUGUUCUUGUUUUAGACAAAGACCGACUACGUAGUGACCUGAAGGCCAGUCUACCCUCAUUUGUAAAAGUUGUGUUGCUACCAAAGAGUGGUGGAGUUGUCGAGACCAGCGAAGCUCAGAGACCAGAAAUAAGAGAUCAGAGGAUACGUGAAUACUACUACGGCAUUGGUAAAACAGUAUUGUCUCCUCAUCCUAUGAUUAUUAAAUGGAAUCAAGUCACUAUUUACAAAAUUGGAAUGGCAAUUGUUCCUGAUUCAUGUGUACCGCUGGGUACUAAACCUGAGGAAAAUAUGACUAAGCUAGUCACUGUUACUCCGGAACCAAAUUGGCUUCAUCAUAUUCUAUCAGUGUCAUAUGCUAAAAGCUACGACGAAGUAUUGUAUAAGAAUAUAGCUUCGUUUCUUUGUGUCACCGAAGUCGAUAUGGUACAACAAACUCUGCGAGUCUUGUCGCCGACUUUGGGUCAAUUGCCUGGUCAUAUAUUGCUGUUGUCUGAAAUCCAGUUUAUGGAUAAUUAUUAA